AUGUGUCUCACCAGCCCAUUACAUUUCACACAUAUCCACCUCGCCGAAUCCGACCCCUCAUCCCCGGACUCGUUCGCGGCCUUUGUCGCUUCCCGCUGUCGCGCCUACGUCCUGUCUGAGGAGCCCCUCGGCGUACCUGUGGAGGGUAUCCGCCAGCAUGGCUGUAACUGCUACGCGUCCGGGGAAGCAUUGAAUAUCGAGUGCAUUAUGCCGAGGGCUUGGAAAGCUAUGCUUGAAUGGCUGGAGAGGGUGCAUGCUGAUCCGGACUAUUAUGAGACGAAACUGGUGGUCAAGGAGGUUUCGAUUGAUGAAUUGGAUAAGUUGAAGGAUUUGGAGGAUGAUGAUAGUAAUGAGGAGGCUGGGGAGACUGAGGGUUGA